AAAAGCAAAGAAUGGCCUAAUCGAUGGGGAUGAGUUGAAUUACUUGAAAGACAAGAAGAAGAAAAACAAUAACGAAGCAACUCAGAGUUCAUAUAAAUUCGAUUCAAACACCUUUUUUCUUUUAUUAAUCCAAACGACGGAGAAAUCCCACCCACUGUUCUUCCAAAUCCUGGCCAAUUAGAAAAGAAUCCUCUGGACUCUCUUUGCUUUUCGCGAAUCUUCCUUUUAGAGCUCUCUUUGAUAUAUAACUUUCCGGAAAGGUUACUGGGUUUCUUGUAGCGAUUGAAAAUUCCCCUGUUUUUGAGAUAAGAACGCAUCAUCGAAUCAAACCAUUUGGGAAGAUGGUUCAGACAAUUGUGGCGAACAAAUUUGGAGUUCAAAGUGGUGUUAAAGGGGAGAGGAGAUUUGCGAGCUUCAAAACUAGUUCUUCCUUUUGUUCUUCUGGUUCUUCUGCUCAAAACCCAGAUGGCAAAAACAGAGCAGUUGAUUUGAAGAAGAAGAUGAAGAAAUCACGAGCUAUUCAGCUUUCGGAUUUUGAAAUCAGCUUAACAUCAUCGCCGAUUAGAAAGAAUAUAUCUCUGCCUGGUAAACCCCCACCGAUUUGUUCGAAUGUUUCGGAAAUCAAGCAGAAACAGAAUCAGAAUCAGAACCAGCCAUCCAUGAUUAGAACCAGCGAUGGUUCGCCGAAUUACAUGAAAUCCACGAGCUGUUUUGAUGCAAGGAAAGAGGUUUCUCAGGUGAGUUCUCGAAUUUGUAGUGAUAUUAAGAAACCCAGAAGGAGGAGUUUAGAGAAUUCUGCUCAUGGCUCUGUUACUGGUCUUAAGCCUACGAGGUGUUUGACAAAAUGCUCCAGUGAAAAACUGGUUAGGACUUUGACGAAAACGCCUAGUUUUAAGAAGUCCUCGAGGGUGGCUCUGUGUGCAGACAUGAAUUCUCAUAGAGCUACUUGUUCUUCCACUCUUAAAGACUCUAAGUUUCCAGCAUACCUCAUGCUGAGCCAUGGGGCUACUGAGUCUGAAGGAACUUCAACCAUGAAAGUUUGUCCUUACACUUACUGCUCGCUUAAUGGCCAUAGACAUGCUCCGGUGCCUCCAUUGAAGUGUUUCUUGUCUGCAAGGAGACGUUUGUUGAAGACCCAGAAGAAUUUAAAAGUUGAGCCAUCUGGUUGUGGAGUGAAAAGGGUUGAUAAUGCUGGUGGGGAAGUGCUAGAUGAAGAUAUGAUCCCAAAAGUUUUGGUAAACGAUGGUGGGUUGGAUUUUUUCAUUGAAAUUUUUGCUGAAAAUAAGGUUGAGGGUGCUGGAUCAGUCAGUAGGGUAAUGAAUGAAGAUUGUGCUGGUGUUUCAUGUUAUGACGUGCGCGAUGAAGCGGAGUGGAGUGAAGGAGACAGUGAACCGGUCGUAGAGAACAUCUUCGAUGGAUCCAUGGGCUCUGAGGUUGGUUUAGGUGAAGAUGGUGCUGGAUCAGUCAAUCUAGAUAGCGUAAUGAAUGGAGAUUGUGCUGGUGUUUCGGCUUAUAACGUGCACGAUGAAGUGGAGUUGAAUGAUGAAGGAGAUAGCAAACCGGUCGUAGAGAGCAUCUACGAUGGAUCCAUGGACUUUGAGGUAACCGAAGGAAUCUUCUUCCAUGGUGAUGAGUAUGAGGACGAUGCCGGUUGGACCGAUAUCGAGAUGGAAGAGUGGGAGGAGCAACAGUUCUUGAGCAUGGAAAGUGAUGGUUUGGAUGAGCUUGAAGAUCAGUCAGAAGAGACUCAUUUGCAGAAUGGAGAACUUGCUGGAUUUGGAACAGAGAAACAGCUCCCGGACAAUGAUCUCGUCUUACAAGAGGAAUUACUCGAUGCCGAUGUCGAUACCGAUACUGAUACUGAUACUGAUAAUCAAAUGGACAGCCAAGAAAAACUUGAUGAUUCAAACCAUGGAGAUGAGGCUGAAAAUUCUGUUCAAGAAAGCUCUAACAAAUCUCUAGAAGCUCACUUGUCUGAUGAACAAUGCCAAGAUAUCUCUGUCACUAAAACAUCAGCAGUCCUGGAAAUCACAGGUAAUGAGGAGCUUAGUGAUUUGAAGAUGCAAGAAACUUCUUCGAACGAUAACAGCAUCGUGCCAGUCAACGUCGUGGAACGAAAAGAAGCAGCAAAGUUAUCCCGCACCGCAGUCGAUUCGAGCCAAGAACUUGAUCUUUGGAGCAAGAACUGGGAAGUGAAUCCAAGAAGCAAGAAAGUAGGAGAAGAAUCAGAAGAUCCAAGGAGCUUCAAUCCACGAGAACCCAAUUACUUGCCAUUGGUGGCAGACCCGGAAGCAGAGAAGGUAGAUCUCAAGCAUCAGCUGAUGGAUGACAGGAAAAAUGCAGAAGAAUGGAUGGUGGAUUACGCGCUCCAACGAACCGUCACGAAACUCGCCCCAGCUAAAAAGAAGAAGGUGGCGCUGCUCGUCGAGGCUUUCGAGUCAGUCAUGCCGACGACAUCGAGAUACGAACUCCAUGUUCGGAAUCAUGCUUCUCGAGCUUUUACUCCCGCCAAACGCAUUCAAGCUUGUUUUUGAUGGUAGCAGUAGAGGUAACCCUCCAAACACCAUCUUACAAAGUUCAUUAUAGAAUAUAGUGUUUGUAGCAGAAGAUCAACAGCAGCAACUUGGUUGUAUGUUUUGGAUGUUAGAGAAGCUAGAUGAACUAAUUUUGAGGUCUAAUAGGAGUGUGACGAUACUAAACCAUGUUAGAACGACGUCUAAGUAUGGUUGAAGGAGACUUUGGUCAUUCAACUUUAGCUAGCUAAAGAAGGAACGAAUCGUGUCACUCGACGUUAUGACGUCGUGGCAGGGAGAUUAUCUGUGCUUCCAUGCAUCCCUGUUGAUGAACUGCUAGGUUUGAGAGUUUGUCAUUGUGUGUGUCCAAAGUGCAUCUUCAUUCAUAGGAUGUAAUUUGUGUGUGGUUGUGAUGAAGGUGUACAAUCAAAACCUAUGCUAAUCUCAUGAACUUUCUUUUAAUCA